AGUUGUUCCGCGACAGGCGCAGCGGACGCGCGCCAUACAUUCGGCGUCCGCGGACACGGCGAGGUGCCGUCCUGCGCCGUCUCGGUGUGUUUGCGAGUGUCGCGCUCGAGCCCGUCGCCGCUCGUCAUUGUCGUCGUCGUCGUCGUCGUCGCCGCUCGCCCGCCUGGUCCAGGAUGCCGUUCAUAUCCAAGGACUGGCGUAGCCCGGGCGAGGAGUGGGUGAAGACGGUCGAGGGCUGGGAAAAGAAGAAGAUCCUCGAAUGCGCCAACAACAAAACCCUCUCGCUUCUCCUACGCGGCGAGAAAGAUGCCGGCGAUAAGAAGGAGAAAGACAAGAAGAAAGAAAACGCCGUCCAACCACAUUGUCACAUCACGCUGAAGUGUACACGCGAGAUCGCCGGCUUCAAUGGUCUGAGUGACGCCCUGAAGAGGCUGGAUUUUCUGUCCGCGGUACACGACUGCCGUCGAUUCAAUUACAUAGUCCGUCUCCUGGAUCUCCUCGUCAGUCAUAGGAUGGGCGGUCUUAGCGGAUGCGCUCAGAGGGUGCUCUUCAAUAUGCUCGAGGAAGUUGCUCUGGAAGUGUCACUGUCGCAACAACAGACGGGAAGGCUGCGGCGUCUGAUAGAGAGAGUUCGAGCUUUCAGUGCUGGCUGCUGCUGGGGCGGUAGACCCUUGGGCUCCAUCAUCCUGUGGGAAAAACACAAAGCGGCUCUAGAGAGAAUCUUGCAAAUUGCCUCGUCCAUCACUAUCACCCAGCCGGAUGAGGAGCAGAAGCCCCAGUGGUCGGAUCUGCCGCCUGAGUGCCGUCGAGAGGUCCUCCUACGCUUGAGCGAUCCUCGAGACAUCGAAGCCUCGUCCGAGGCGUGCGAACACCUUGCCGUUCUGGCGCAGGAACAGCGAAUCUGGCGCGAACUCGCCCAGUAUCAUUUCACGCCACAGCAAAUCGCUACCACCAGACAAAAUAAUCCUGGGAAAGACUGGAAAACUAUAUUCACUAUCGCUCGGAGAUCGUUUGGAUUACGAGAGGAGUACGCCGAAAUGAUACAGUUAUGCCGCAAUUGCCGUUGCCUGUUCUGGCGGUCGCUGGGCCAUCCGUGCAUCGCGGAUCAGGAUCCGGCGUUUCAGGAGAAACUGGCGGACGUCGACCAGGCGUCCCUCCACGUGCCGAUCCCUCCGCAGACCUUCUUGAAAUUUUUCUCGCUGUGAAAGCUUUCGCGACGCGACUAUAUUGAAAGAGCGCGUAAGAAUGCGUGGUGUGUGUGUGAAAAGCGGAAGCGGCGACGUAACUGCUGUUGUGAACGACUGUUGCUCGACGGAACGAAUGCUGUACAUGUGAGAGAAAAUAAUAGAAUAACGUUUAAUAAUGUUGCGCUGCAUUUAGAGAGACUCUAAAACGUUAUCUUCUGAAAAGUAUAUUAAACUCGAAAUAUAUUCUUUCUUCUCUGUCUCUCAAUAUACCGUGUGAAUCUGAAAUUUAGAUAUCGGUAUUAGGAAUACGUCCUUUGAGAAAUUCGACGCCAACCUUACCCGGAGGCCUACUUAUCUAACGAACGAGCUUGAACGUUUAAGAGGCUCAAAAGCCGCCCAGGAAAAACACAAAGACACGUGUGCCUGCCACCCGAUGCGCGGAUCAAUAUCUUCUGAAGUUCCCAACUUUAAUUGCUCCAUAAUCAACAACUCGCUCAGAUCUUGUCGAGGAAAAGUCGACUUCGAACUUUCUCUAGUCGUCGAACAAUAUUCCCUACUGGUUUCCAUUUCGUCAGGCACAUCCUGUAUCUUGAUCGAGCGCGAUUGGUAUUUUCUCGUCGACGGAAUCUCCCCCGUGUAAUACGAGAUUCCUGAUCUGGUUUCCUUUGCUUCGAGAUUCCUGUGGCGUGGAUACGUUUCUAAGAACGAUAUAAGGGAGGAUAUUUCCAUUAUCCUUCGAAUUACGGUUGUAGAGAGUAGAUACUAGUCGUGUAAUGUUGUUUGCGAUGAGAAAAAAAGUCGUCGCGCGAUUUACGCCGGCAUGCUUUCGGUAUUUCAAAGUUGACAAAUGACUGCGUGCGAUUUUUGCGGUAGCACCCCUCGAGGUACGUCUUCGCUGAUAAUAUAGUAUCAGCCUUUGCAGGUCCUUUAUCAAUUUAUUUAGACGUUUGUUGUGCUGACAAGAAAUCUCGAAGCAGAUUUGGCUUUCUGCAACGAGCCACUUCGUUACCUGGAACGAACUCGAUCUUAAUUAAUAAAAGAAAAAGGGAAAGCGCUCUAAACAUCAAAUUAUUUUUUCUAUUUGAUAUCGAUGAAGACAAUCGAGUGUAUUCUCGAGGAAUUCGCAGGAAUCCUCAUCUUCCGUCAUUACAGAAUUAUUUCGUUGUAUAAGAGCAUUUUAAAAAUGCAAUGUACUCGUUGGUGCAACAGAGCAAUGUUGUUUCUUGGAUGAACAUAUUUUUGGUGCUCUUCGCGGCUCUAUCGCAUUUUCGUAUUUGCAUUUAUUGACAUGUGAAUUCUUGUGUUAUUCUUAUUUUCUCCAAUGGAAACAUCCCCAUUGCGUCAAAGGACAUAAUAUAUAUUGCGCGUCGACUUUAAAUUCAUAAUAUAUAUAAGCUGCUGUCUUUUUGUGCAAUAUUUUGUGCAAUAUUUUUCCAUCUUCUCUCUCUUCUUUUUUUUCUAUCUUGCGGCGACGUAACGAGUCGUAGCGUAAUUCUCGGUCAAUCUAUCGCAAGGGGGGUUCCAAGGGGCUUCUCUGACGCAUAUGGUAACGACGUUGCUAUCGUGAGUUUCCGAAGGACAGCUUCAACGGUCUUCCGAGCGUUGUGAUGAACAUCUAGCUAACUUACAAAGUACAAAACGUGAACUAUCAUUAUUGUCGGUCGAGAGCGGACGGGGACCUCGGUGUCCCGGUCGUCGCCUAUACAGGGUGUCGCAGUUAAAGCAAUACACAGAGAGAUAGCGUGCGUUUGAACUUUUGGUGUUCUGUAUGUUCGUUUGCGAGAUAGGUCCUAUACUUGCAUUACUUACCGUGCGACGCGUUAUACUAUUCAGGCUAUAAGCCGUCGACGGAUUUCUAAGAGAAGACCUAAGUUACGAUACAUAACGUGUAUUAAUAAGUGAAAAAAAAAAAAAAUGAAAAAUUGCAUCGCUGUAUACCUAAUCGGAGAUUGAAAAAAAAUCAUACUGCCAAAGCCAAGGAUGCUAUUGCAUUUAACAGACGAGAGACGACAACGCGACGUUUUUUGUGCAUACCUUUUCCGCGCAGCGACGAGACGAGUUUUUUUGAUAUUCGCCGUUUUAUUCGUAGCCGAAAAGCUUGCAAAUCGCUGCAUGACUCAAAACUGUAGGUAUACUGACCUAGUCACUGGAAGAGAAUAAGGCGAUCAAAAUCGCGGUCGAGUCGUGACUUGAAAAAACAAAACGUGACGACCGAGCUCGAGUGGAAAAAAAUCCGAGAAUCCUGGCAGCUCACUGUGUACAUUAAAGAAUCCAACGAACUUGGUCUCUGCAUGGUGUGUGUACAUAUAAAUAUAUAUGACUAUAUCGAAGCGGAUCUUGCGAUCGGGAUUAUUUUACUUACGUAAGCAGGUGUGUAGAACAGUGUUGUGCAAAAUGCUUCAAAAUAAACUUUAUUUAAAUAUAUAUAAA